AUGUCUAUGCAGCAGUAUCGGAGUGAGAAAAAAGUAAUCGAAGAGGCAGUAGCAAAAGUACGUGAGGUGGUACAUACAGCAUCAAAGAACGACAUCAUUCUUGCACUUCAUAAUUUCGAUUUUGAUGUUAACAAAACUAUACAAGCAUUUUGUGAUGAUGGUGCACAGAGCGCUUUAGGUUCGUGGAAAAGAUCUGGUACUUCUAAUAAAAAAAACCAAAAAAAGAAAAAGAUGGCCAAGGAUCAAGCAGUUACCGCAACAAUUGCAUCUACGCUAUCAUGCACUUGUGCACCACGUUCUGCUCCUAAAACCCUAAAUGGAGUGGUCUCAUCAUCGGUCAUCAAUGGAAUUGUGGAAGUAGCGAAUUCACGCAAUCGAUCUGAAACUGUACCGCUAUCAACAUCUGAAUCACAAAAACUUGUGGCCAGCUCUGAUGAUGCUAAAAUACCUUCUGUUAGUUCUAUUGCAUCAAAGCCAGCGGCACCGAGUGAAAUCCAGAACCUUGAUAAUGGUCGCAUUUGUAGGGGUGCGACAAGAUUAAGGGACCAUCAUAGGCAAAUUGAAAAGAUAGAGACUGUUUUUGAAAACCAACUUUCUAUAGCCGAAGAAAAUGUGCGGAAUUCAUUUAAGUGUAUACGCCAACUUUUGGUUGAACGUGAAAACCAUUUAUUGGCGGAGUUACAACAAAUACGUGAUGAAGGGACACGAUUCUUCAAUGAACGUCGCCUGCAGUCUUGUGAACUGUACGGUCGUGCCAAACGAAUGAGCGCAAUGAGUGAUCGUGAACAAGCAGAAUUACGUGAUGAAAUUGCAAGAUUCAAUGCGGAAAAACAGAAUGAGGAAGGAAUCGCUCUAGCAACUCGUUUGCAUUGCGAUAGUGCGCAACUGGUCAAACUUAUUAAAAAUUUCGGCGAAGUGGUUGCUGUGAAUAGUACAGCUGGAAAUGAGACAAAUUUAGUAGUUCGUCAAACAGGAACUGCUGCAUCAACUUAUGUAAUGAAACAUUCGACAAGUCAUUCGUCCAUUGUAAGCUCACUUGGGGAAGAUUCGGGACUCGGACAAAUAAGUCCAGUUGGAAAUGAAGACCGCAAAAAUAUAGCGGAAAUUUCAAAUGGAGGAAUUUUGAUGAAAUCUGACGCUUUGACUGCCGAACAGCUGGCGGAUCUCAAUAAAAAACUGCAGGAAUCAUUGAAAGCGCAGGGUAUUGAUGCUUCGAUUUUAUCUGGCAUUGGUAGUAGGAAUGGAAUGCCAGUCAGACGACGUCCUCCUAUGGGUGGACGAGGUGGACAAUCAAAUUCAGCUCGAGGAGGACGAGGAAGAAUUCAAUAUAGCAGUGGUGGCGGCAAAACAUCGCUUGUUCGAGUCCCGAAUCUUUUUAUUUUAGAAUCUUAG